AGCCAAGUCGAAAGGCGAAGCGUUGGCCAGAAAUCAGUUGGGCAACAGCGAGCCAAGGAGCUGGGACGCUCGGCAAAAUCCAGAUAAUAUAGAACCCAAACAAACCAAGGAAAGAGGGACCCUACACUCCACAAAAAUAUGUGCGACUGCGGCUGCUACUCCUACUGUCUGCAAGACAGCUCCUGCUACAGCCACUAUCACUCGCAUUCUCACUUGCACUCGCAUCACUGCUGUGCGGGCUAUAAAUAUUUGAAGUGCCUCUGCCGCUACUAUCGUCAUGGGCACUGCACCUGCUCCUGCUGGCGGCGGAAAUGCUAUCUGCUCUAAGUUGGAUGAGGUCCCUUUCCAGGACAAGGAUGAGGCGGAGAUCCACGCCAAAUGAGGCGCAAGAGUCAGCACCACACAAAUCACAACUCAAACAACGCAAAUCAGCAAAGAAAUCACAAGAUGAAGUCCUUUAAGCAGUUGCAUAACACUUGGCUACAUCCAAUGGAGCAGGAGUGAAAUGGAAAAUGAAAAAUGGUGUGGAAAAUGGAGAACGGAGAAUCAGAAAGGGAGAGCAGCAAACAACUAGCGUGCAUACGGAUCGUAUGUGCAACGUUUUCAGUUGUUGUGUGAGUGUGCAUGUGCUUUUGUCUGUGAGUGCAAAUGGUUCAAGGAUGUGGCUAACAUUGUUAACGACUGCGUUUUGCAUUUUGCAUCUGCAAAAUCCCCAUUCACACCAAACAUACACCUAAGCCCAGUAAAGCAAAUCGUAUUAGUGCCUAAGAAUUACUUUACACCCCACAAUAUAUACUCGAUAAACACCCAGAACACAUCGUUACCGAACUAAAUGCAUUCCGACGUUCAAGUUUAUCGCCAUAUUUGUUACGUUUCCAAUUUAAAAACAAUCUAAAAAUGAAGUUUUACUCCAACACUACUAAACAUAUGCACUCUUCAAUGGCAGGGAAGAAGAAUAUAUAUGGAAAAGUUUAUAAUCUAUUGUGAAUUAAUAUACUAAUGAAUUAAAUUUUCUGCGGAAAUAAACCAAAAUGGGAUUCCCUGUAUUUGGGUUACGUGUUGAGAUUAUCUGUUGCAAAUGUAUAAUUUUUCGUGGAAAACUUUAUGAUUUAUCCAGAAAUACUUGCUCUAAUUAUCUAUUUCAAUCCUAGCUGUUUUCUAAAUUAUAAACCAUAUGCCACGUAAUUUCUACACAGGAUCUACAUUUUUCCCCAUCGUAACCACCUUUUCUGACUUCAUUCAUUCCUAGCUUGGUGUUGGAAUUUUCCGACUGCGUUUUAAAUAUCAACUGAUAACUCAGAAUUAGCGGAAAGGGAUGGGAUCCUAACGGUGACUAAAACUGGAAUGGAGGUGGUAUUGUACAAUUACAAUAUUGUGCAGGGGGGUACAAUUCUGUUGACAUUUUCUUGGCACAUUGUAAAAAUUUGUCGAUUAUUUUAGGGACAGCUUCAAACAACUUUUUUCAAGGAUUAUAAAGCAAAAUAAAAAAAGGCGAAACAUGUACUCUUUAA